AUGUCCGCUGUCAACGCUCCUGAUGCUGGGAGCAAGUCGGCGGCGAAGAAAAAGAAGAAGAGCAAGAGGAAGGCCAAUGCCAAAGCAGAAGGAGGUGCGAAGGCUUCUGGGCCAAAUGGCACGACGAACGGGCAAUCAGUAGAGGCGGAUGACGAAGAGGAUGAGGACGAUGGGGUAGACUCGCCUGUGAAGACUGUUCUACCGAGUCACAUCAACGACGAAGAUACCCUACAUAUGCCAUCCUCUCCGCCAGAGUCGAUAGCGAGGGACGAAGAGCCGGCGGUGCGGAAUGGCGGGCAGGAAGAGCAAGAGGAACCAGAGGCUCAAGAAGAUGUAGAGGAGGAUGAAGAGGAGACUAAGCAGGUGCCAGCUGCUCCAGAACAACCGACAGACACAUCAGACCGCUUGCAGGCCAUGCAAGAGGAACGGGACAGUCUUCGAGCAGAGGUCACACAGCUACGGCAAUCGCUUGAAUCGUUACAAGAAAAGCAGAACGAGGAGCUUUCUGGGGUAAAGGAGGAGCUGGCGCAGGUUGAGCAGGACAAAGAGCACGCUGAGACGCAGUACCGUAAUCUGUUGGGCAAGGUGAACACAAUCCGGUCACAACUCGGCGAGCGGUUGAAGGAGGACACCCGCAAGAUUGAGGACCUGGAGAAUACAAAUGCUGGUGUGAGAGAAGAGAACGAAAGAUUACAAGAGUCUGUCACCGAGCUGAAUGGAAGACUGGAGGAGCAGGAGUCGGAGAUUGAGAGCUUGCGAAGUCGCACGAGCUUAUCUACGAGCAACUGGGCAAGAGAGCGGGAUGAUAUGACCGCGAGGGAGGCAUAUGUAAGAGAAGAGUACGAAGUCACGAAGCAGGCAAUGCAGGACUGGGAGAUCUUGGCUACGGAAGAGCGCAGCAGAAGAGAGGCUCUGGAAGAGCAAACACAAGAGCUGGAAGAGCAACUGGAAGCGCAGCGAGAGGCGUACAACCGGAUCAAGAACGAUGCAGAGUCGCAAUCCGAUACUGUGGACAAUCUGCAGCGGGCAAUGCGGGAUGUACAAGACGAGCGAAAGCGCGAGCUGAGAGAAAUGGUCGAGCAGUCCCAGGCACAACUUGAGGAUCUUCGCGCUCAUGCCAAAACCGCCGAAGAUAAUGCUGCAUCGCUCCGGCAGCAACUCUCCGAAACACAAAAGGAACUGGAUCGCGCCUUGCCAUUCGAGAAGGAAGUCAAGGAGAAGAACCUUCUUCUCGGCAAAGCCCGCCACGAGGCCGUUAUCCUCAAUGAGCACCUCGUCAAAGCGUUGCGGUUCUUGAAACGCGGUAAGCCGGAGGACAACGUCGACCGCAACCUGGUGACCAACUACCUCCUGCAGUUCUUGGCUCUGGACCGUAGUGAUGCGAAGAAAUUCCAGAUUCUACAGUUGAUUGCUGCUCUGCUGGGCUGGACUGAGGAGCAGAAGGAGCAGGCAGGGCUACUGCGGCAAGGUUCCUAUGGUACGGGAAGCCUCCGUUUACCUAUGUCGCCUUUCCGCAGAACACCAAGUACGCCUUCGCUCGGCACCGACUUUGUGCCCGAGAGUCCUGCUGGCGCAACGAGAGAGUCUCUUGCGGAGUUGUGGUCGGAGUUCCUGGAACGGGAAGCCGAAGCCGGAAGUGCUGGUGGUGCAAGCAGUCGACGAGGUAGUAUGGCGAAGAGUCUGCGGAGCCCGAGUGCGACAGGCGUCACGAGCCCGACUGGUACUUUGCCCAUCCUCGGCGGUAGGCAGAGCCCGGAGAUCAAGAGGAAAGAGAGUGCGAGCGGUCAGACCACGAGGUCGGAUUCUGGAUGA